UCUAAGAGGCAUGCGCGUUCGCUUUACCGACAAGCACAUCUCCCGUUACGUCGGCAUCUAUCUAAUAAAACGUAGACGAACCACGGAGCUGCGUGGUUGAAUUCAAGGUAUGCGCGAGAACGCGUCUGGUGCUGACGCGGGGGCUAUUUCGGGAGCGCCCGCUUCGCCACGCAUUGCCUCUGAUCCGACCAGUCUACACUCCUUUGUCUUAUUAAAAACAUCGCUACUUACCUAUAAUUAAAAUUGUACAUCCUCGAUUUGAUUUUGCGACGAAGAAUUGAAGCGCGCCUCGUUAUAAAAGUAUUCCAAAAUGGGCAACGUAUUCAGUACUGACUCGAACGGGAGGCGCAACGCUUACUACGUCACAAGUGAAAGAGGACCAAUGGACGAAAUGAGUGCUUCAAAUGAAAGUGAAAAUGCUGAUGAGUUCCAUGACACCAUUGACGAUACAGAAAUACAGGAGUCAAGAGCUAAGGCAAAAUCUGAAGAGAUGGAGGAAUUCAGGAGACAACUGGAAAUCAAACGCGAACAAAGAAGGGAAAUACUGAACAGGCACAGAACUGAAAAACAAGAACUGGAAAAAGCUCUUGAAAGUGAAAAAAAAUCUAGAUUCGAAGCUUAUGAAAGUAACAGAAUACUUCGUGAAUUGUUAACUAGAAACAACAUCGAUAUUCCUGAGGAACUUCAAAAUUCUAAGGAAGUUGCUGACAUAACUGCAAUGAUUGAUAAGAUGAAUGAAGAAUUUGAGACAUUGAAAGCUAGCAAUAACAGGCUAAGACGAGAUCUAGCAGAGUCUAACCGUGCUUUGCAGGGUGCAAACUCUGAUAUUGCGGAUCUGCAAACCCAAAAUACUGAGUCCAUUAAACAUAUUAACGCCUUAAAAGAGGUUGUAUCAGUUAGCAAAACUAUGAUUAAUCUUCGGGAAGGCCAACUUAAUGAGUUAAAAAACAAAUUAGGCGAAAUAGAGCGCUCGCUUGCCGACAGAGAAGCAAGUAUGCUUUCGGCAGACUUAAGACAAGAAUAUGUGAGGCAAUUGAAAAACAUCCGUACAUUGCGAAGUCUGUACGAGGAAAGGGCGCGACUAGCUGAAGUAACUAGGCAAGGAUUAGUACGUGAGCUUGAAGAACAGAAAUUGUUAACCCAAGCCGAAAGCAAUAAGUCUAAAGAGCUGGCGGACAAAGUAGAAGAAAUGGAAGCAAAAGUAGACGAACUUCAGGAGUCGAUAGAAAAUAAAAACAACCAUAUAUCAACAACCCAAAAUGAAACGCGUGGCUUGAAAGCCGAAAUGUCUGCUAUAAAUAAACUCUUCUCACAAGUUUUACUGGGUUAUAAAACAAAACAAGAUUUAGACAAACUGGUACAUCGCCUCGAAGAGAAUCAUGGGCUUCUUACCCAUAUGGCAGAGAAGGAAAAUGGUUCAGAAGCUUCUACUGCUCUACCAAAACUCCUGUUGGAACUUGUCAGUCAGGUUGAUGAAGGAGAUACCGCCAAUGAAGGGCAAAUCUUGGAAAAAGAAAGAUCUGCCGUAGAAAAAUCUGAGGAAGAUUUAGGCACGUAUAGCCCAGUCAACACAUCAGCAGAAGAAAUAGUUCAAAAUUUACCUAAAGUGUGGCGAGUCUUGAUGGAAUUAUUGAGCCAUCAAACGGCAGCAGAUGAAAGUCCCGGUGAAAAAGUCACCACUUGCUACAAAUCUGUUGAGACCAAGUCUGGACCUGUGUUAGUGCCAAGCGUUAGUCAGACGUACAUCAGGUUAAAGGAUCUGAUUGUUGAAAAGUUAGCUCUGAUAAAAGAAGUAAAUCGAAUAAAACAACUAAACGUCCACUUAGAAACGCGUUUAGAAGAACAAGAGCGGAGGCUUUGUCUAGUUACCACUGAACUUAGCAAAACAUGGCAUGUCGUUGGGAGGUUACGAAGACACCACCACCAAUUGCAUACACACGAGAAAAUUCUCAAAUAUGAACUACAACAGAAGAGAAAGUUAUUAAAUGAGCUUAAAGAAGAACUUGAGUAUUGCCGCGAAAAAUGGGAACAGGCUCGAGAAAAAAAUUCUCAAUCUGAAAGAGAUUGGAGAAAAUUGAGAAAUGAAUUUUCAAGCAGAAAAUCUAAGUCAAGUGCAGCAUUCAAUAAUUCAGCAGAAAGUGGUUAUAGUGACGAGAGACCUUCAGAUGAUUCAUCAGAAUCGAACGAUGAAAGUCAUGAAUACGUUACAGAGCCGUUGGUGCGAUGUAAGAAAAAGCUUAAAAAGUCCUUUGAAACAAUUUUGGACUCCAGCACUGAUUUUAACUUAGUAGCAGAAAGAGAAGACCCUGCCAGUGACAUGUUAGAUGUAGCUGAUCUCCCACUUGAUACUCAAGAUGGAGACGAGCGUCAAGAUGUGUUAGAUUCUUGCAACAGUGAAAGUCGCCUUAAGAGUGAAAAGCUAAGUGAAGAAACUGAGGAAGAAGUUGGUGACAUGGCCCAUGAUUCAUGUGUCGAAGAACUGUCUAUUGGUGAGCCCUGCACUAGUAACAGUGACACUGUUAACAUAAUUGAAGAUAGUGAUGACAAUGAGAGUCAAGCGACUGACAGUAUAAUACCUGGCAAAGUCAUUAAUGAAGGAUUUCGUAUAGAUCCUGCAGCGAUUCUCAGAGACAUUCAGGGGCAAAACGAAAGACUGGCUAAAAAAGACAAAAGGCUUGAAAAAUUAGAAAAAAAUAGUGCAGCUUUAUUGACACAAACUCAGAACACGACAAAACUUAGUGAACUAAUAAGUGAGACAUUAGAUCAAAUGAUCAACCGUCCUUCAUCGAGUAGGCAAAAUAAUUCAAAUGAUCCUUCUGAUACAUUGCUUCAUAAGAUAUUUGAAAAAGAUUCGAAUACUGACUUAUUACUCGAACCAAAAGUUAUUAUUGACAGAAACAUAAACGAAAAUACACACGCUUUGGGUGAAAUAAUCGAACAAAAAAGUUUUACAUCAGAUCAUGUUUCACACACAAAUGUAGCUGAAAUGUUAACAACAAACAAGAAUGCUCAAAUAGAAGGGAACGAAGGAGUUGUUGGAAAAAUAUCAGAAGAAAUUGAUGCCCCUAUUACUGAAACUUUGAUUGAGAAUCAAGUUGUUGUAUAUAUACCUACCGUCGACUUAAAGACGAUACUUGAAAACGUUAAAGCACAAAGCGAACAUUUACGUCAAAAAGACGAACGCCUUCAAAACUUAGAGGCCGAAUGUUCCAACGUUGUUAUGAAUAUAAACAACACUCUUACCACCGGCCACCAAAUUGAAGAAAAAUUGGAUAAACUUCAUGAUGAACACAAUAAUAUGGGGGGAAGGGUAAGCCCAGAGGAGAAUGUAAAUGAAGAUCAGGCUUUAUCGAGCAGAGAUAGUUCAGAACCUUCAACGUCCGAAAUGGAUCACGAAGCCAGAUUUGCAGCUCGAGAUCUUCGAUUGAAGAGAUUGGAAGAGCAAACUAAAUCACUCGUAAACAAAGUAAAUCACACUACAACAAAGGGAAUGAAGAUUACUUACAAAUUGGAAGAAUUACAUAAUAUUUAUGGAUCUGAAAAUUCUCGAGCCGGUACUCCAUCCGAAGACAAUGAAGACAGAUCGCAAAGCAACGAUGACGAAUCACACGAAUAAGUACGUUAAUAGAUGUAAUUAUUGGGUUUCUAUGUUUUAAUUGGUUAGUGUACUUUUUGAUGUGGAGUUUUAUAUGUCGUUUGUGAAAAUUGUCAAAAGAAAAAAUUAUGUACAUCGAAAAAUAAAAUUUAUUUA